AUCAAAUGUGUUAUGCAAGUAUCCACUUACUUUUAUCUUUUUUUGGUGUAUAAACGCAAGUAUCCUCUUAACUUUUAUCAAAUGUGUCAUUGUGUUUCAUAAGUAUCCAUCUAUUUUUAGCUUUUUGGUGUGUGCACGAAAUGAUAAAUUAUUUGAAAAACACACCUUAGACUUAUAUAAAGAAACAAAAACAGAAAUUUUGCAAAGGUCAUUACCAUUUACAAAGUAAUCAAUAUAAACAUGCAUAGAGAGAUGGAUUGAAUUCAAGCUAUUGUGCCAGCAUGCAACAAAGUGAAGCAACCAGCAUUUGAGGAAUGCCAUUAUAUACAGAAGGACACAUUGGGAGUUUGGGAUAUCAAUAUCACUCAAUCUCAUAUUGACAUUCAAAUUUUUCACAAAAUGGUCAUGCUAACAAUAUCCCUAGCUGUGGCUGUCACAUUCAUCCUCACCUUAUUCUUAUAUGCUUCUCACCAAACAAAAUCCUUGAAAACCCCUGCCUUCACAAAUUGGCCUUUUAUUGGUAUGUUACCUCAAUUCCUUUGGAACAUAUCACACAUCCAUGAAUAUUCAGCUAUAUUGUUGAAAUCAAAAGGUGGCACAAUUGAGUUCAUAGGACCAUGGUUUACCAAAAUGGUGGGUGUAAUCACAUCCGAUCCAAUCAAUGUUCACCAUAUCAUGAGCAAGAGAUUUGACAACUUUGUGAAAGGUGAUUUGUUUCGUGAAAUGUUUGAACCGUUUGGCGAAGGAAUUUUCACUACUGAUUCGCAUAAAUGGAAAUAUAAUAGGAUGAUUCUCCAAUUUCUCUUCAAACAAAGAAGCUUUGAAGCUUUUCAAGAAAAAAUCAUUCACAACAAAGUUGAGAAAUCAUUGAUUCCUUUAUUGAAUCAUGUUCAACAACAAAAAGGGUCAGUGGUCGAUUUACAAGAUGUCUUCAAUCGUUUCACAUUUGAUAACAUUUGUUUGAUAAUCCUUGGACAUGAUCCUAAUUGUCUUUCCAUUGAUUUUCCCGAAGUUGCGGCCGAGAAGGCUUUUAACCAAGCUGAAGAAUCCAUCUUUUAUAGACACACCGUUCCGGCUUUUGUUUGGAGGUUGCAAAGCUGGCUUCAAAUCGGUGAAGAGAAAAAAAUGACCAAGGCAUGCAAAAUAUUUGAUCACUUCCUAUUUUCAUGUAUAGCUUCAAAACGCGAAGAACUUACGAAACAUUGUAAAAAUAAUGAAAUCAAUGCUGAAAGUGAUGAAACUCAUCAUGUUGAUUUGCUAACGGCGUUGAUUAGAGAAGAGCAAAAAAAUAAGGAUAGCGAAUCAAGUGAUGACAAGUUUCUAAGAGAUGCUGUAUUCAAUCUUUUUGUAGCGGGGAGAGAUACUAUAACUUCGGCGCUUACAUGGUUAUUUUAUCUCGUCGCAACGCACCCUUUAGUGGAAGCAAAGAUUCUUGAAGAGAUAAAAGAAAAUUUUGGACACAAAGAGAAGCCUUGGAUGUUAAGUGUUGAUGAAGUGAAAAAACUAGUUUAUCUUCAUGGUGCUAUAUGUGAGGCAUUAAGGCUUUUUCCACCUAUACCUUUCGAGAGAAAGGAAGCCGUUACACCCGAUAUACUUCCAAGUGGUCAUCAUGUUAAUCCAAAUACAGUGAUAUUGUUUUCUUUGUAUGCAAUGGGAAGGGAUGCAAAUAUUUGGGGAGAAGAUUACUUGGAGUUCAAGCCAGAGAGGUGGAUUUCUGAGAGAGGAGGUAUUGUUUAUGCACCGUCUUACAAAUUCUUUAGUUUUAAUGCUGGACCUAGGACUUGUUUGGGAAGAGAUUUGGCUUUCAUUCAAAUUAAGAUGAUAGCUGCUUCUGUUUUGUGGAACUAUGGUGUUCAUGUUGUGGAUGUUAAUCAAGUCGCUCCCAACCUUUCAAUUGUACUUCUCAUGAAACAUGGUCUCAAGGUUAAGAUAACCAAAAGGGAAAUUUAAUUUGAUGGAACGAGUAGGUAGUAAUUUCAAAUAUUUCUCAUGUAAUGGCACACAUGUGAAAAUUGUGGUGUCUUGUAUGAUUUUACUAAAUAACUAAAUAAUAUAUAGUACUACUUAGCUAUUAUGUAAAGUCAAAAGUUGUAUGAAAUAUAUUUAUCCAAAAUUAUUAAUUUAAAUAAAGUGGAGUAAGCAUAAUCUUUUGCGUUACUUAUUUCCAUA